CGCUAGCGCUCUGUUUGUAGUCGUAUGGUCAGGUUCAUAAGUAGACAUUAACAUUACAUUAUUUUAUGGCAACUGCUUCUAAAACCGAGAGUAGACUAGUUACAGAGCAAAAUAUAUUCAACUAUUGUAUCUCUGGUGAUUUAAAAUCAUUAAAAGAAUGCUCACAUUCUGUUGGUCAAGUAGUACAUAAAAAUUCACUUGAUGGUCAAACUUGUCUUAUUGUAGCAUGUAGAAAUGGCCAUUUGGAUGUUGCCGAGUACUUGAUUGAUUUUCAUGGGGCAGAUGUUGAACAAGUCGGUGUUGUCGAAUUUGAAGGUGAACAAGUAGAAGGUGUACCUCCAUUGUGGUGUGCUGCAGCAGCUGGACAUUUAAAAUUAGUCGAAUUGUUAAUUAGUCGUGGUGCAGAUGUUAAUCGUACAACUAUAACUAAUUCAACAGCUCUUCGUGCUGCUUGUUUUGAUGGACAUGAACAAGUUGUUCGAUAUCUUGUGGAACAUGGAGCAAACAUUGAAAAUCCAAAUCGUCAUGGACAUACUUGUUUGAUGAUUAGUUGUUAUCGUCGUCAUGAUAAUAUUGUCGAAUAUUUACUUAGUAAAAAUGCUCGAGUUAAUCGACGAAGUGCUAAAGGUAACACUGCAUUACAUGAUUGUACAGAGAGUGGUAAUUUAAAAUGUUUACAAUUAUUGUUAAAUCAUCGAGCUAUUAUGCGUAAAGAUGAAUAUGGUCAGUUGCCAAUUAUGUCUGGAGCGAAUGCAGCUUUUAAAAAAAUUGUAGAUUAUUUGGCUACUGUUGAAAUACCAGAUACAACACAAACAAUUAGUAUAAGUGAAAAAGCUGCUGCUUAUGAUUUACUCGGUGCUAGUUUAUUUGAUCGACAUUCACUUAUUCAAGAUGCAAUUGCUGCUUGGUAUCAUGCAAUUAAUUUACGUCAAGAAUUGUCUACUUAUACUAAUAAUAGUAAUGCGAAUGGGAAUGGGAAUAAUAAAUUCAAUCCACAUCCUAUACCACAAUGUUCGUGUAUGAAUGAAUUCAUGAAUUCCAGCACUGAAGAGCAGCAGCAGACAAUGCCAACAAUGAAAUCCUCAACGACAUCAGCAACCACAACAACAACCGGCUCUACUGUGAAUACACCAACAAAUUGUUGGUCAUUAAUUUCAUUAGCUGCACGUGAAGCCAUUGGAAUGGCUGAAAUGAAUCGAUUCGAUGAACAAUAUCAUUAUUCCUCCGCCUCGCCACCGUCAGCCUCCUCCUCACCAUCGUCACCAUUCAAUGGUCAACGUUAUAAAAUAUCUACAAGAAUUCAUUCAAUUUUAUCAAAAAAUCAUUCGUGUACAAUCAUUCCUCAUUCUCCGCAUCAUAAUCGAUUAAAUAAUGAGAUUGAGAAUGAUAACAAUGACGGUGACGAUCAUUGUCGUCAUCGAUCAACACCGCCAACAACUGUACAACACAUAUCCAAACUAAACAUUUCACCAAAUCUGCAUGAAUUAUUUCAACGAAAGCAUGCAAAAUUACAAAUUGAUUUACAAAAUGCUUAUCAAUGUAAAUUUGAACAUUUAGGUCAUUCAUUGUAUCGAUUGAAUAGUUUAUCAAAAGAUUACAAUAAUUUCGAUGUUCAAUCACCGUCCGCGUCAGCGUCAGCGUCGUCGCCACCAUUUUGUUCGGUAUUUCUUCAAGGUUCACCUAAUUCACGUUUAAGUGGUCUACGUCGUAAUGGUUCCAGUGAGUAUUUUGAUCAAUCUGCUCUUGUGAAUCCGAUUGCAUCGCCAACCCCUUCAUCGUCGUCAUCCUCGUCAUCAACAUCAUCAUCGACUUCUACAAAUUUCACAUUAUCCUUAUCCUCUUCUUCAUCACCUCUACCAACAACCACUGCAACCACUGCAACAACAACACCAGCGCCUCCUCAUCAUCAUUCGAUGAACAGUAGUUGUACUAGUGGCGGUGUUCUCGCUGGUGGUGGUGGCUGUGGUGUUGGUGCUGUUGGUGUUGGCAACGCUUUCAUUCCAUCGAUUAUACCUGUUGAUCCAAUAUUAGGCUUUGAACCGAAAUGUUUUCAAAUUGCACGUUAUCGUCGAUGGCCAUUAGAACCGUGUAUUUAUCAAAAUUCUCAUGUGAAAUCAUCAUCAACCACAAUUACUCAUCACAAUACUACUACUAGUAAUAGUAGUACUAGUAGUAGCCUAUCGAAUAAUAGACAUACACAAAGUUUUAUUCCAUCCAAAUGUAUUCAUCAAUGUCCUAAUUGUAAACGAAUAUUGGUUUCAAUGAAUAGUGUAUGCUUAAAUACAGAAAGUUUACAUUCAAAUCAAUCUAUUUGUUGUCCAAUUUGUAAAACACAAUUCAUCAGCAGUAUCAGCAGCAUCAUUACCAAUCAUCCAACUUCAAAUUCUUCAAUUCAUAAUCAUCAUAAGCCACCAAUUCAUUCAACAACAAAUCAAUAUUCUCGAGUUGCUCAUCCUUACGAGUCCAAUAAUGAUUGGAAGUGUAGUAGUAGUAGUAGUAGUAGUAGUAGCAAUAAUAAUAAUUAUGAAAAUAAUUUGGACUAUGUUUGUCCGGUAUGUCAUUUGGCCAGUGAAAAUCAUCCUCUCAUUCGUCGUUUGAAACAAUGCGGUGAAGAAGCUUUUGGACAUGUGUGUGAAUUUCAAACACGUGAAGAUUUGACUAGUUUGAUGUCCAAUACACAUGUUCUACGCUUACAAUCAUUGCUUAUACGUUUACGUAUAUUAGGUCCAGAUCAUCCUGAUACAAUUUAUUUUAUUCGUUAUCGUGGAGCAAUCUAUGCCGAUGCGGAUAAUUUUCAUCAAUGUUUAAAUUUAUGGCGUUAUGCAUUAGAAUUACAACGUACAUUUGUUGAACCAUUAUGUCAUGUAUCACAGGCGGCAUUUGUUAGUUUUGCUGAAUUAUUUCAUUUUGUUCUAACUAAUAAUUGUAUUGGUUUACCGGCAAAUGAUUUAGACCCGACAUUAAUUGUUGAUUGUUUAGAAUUAGCUAUAGAUAAUAUUGAACGUGGUAUGGAUUAUUCAUUCUAUCAUUGGCAUCAUCAACAUCCAUGGUCAUAUACAGCGGCAGAUAAAGAAGCUAUUAAUUUAAUGCGUCAUGUAUCAUUGUGUUUACAUUUUAUCGCAAUGAUUCUUAUACAUUAUAUGUUGCCAAAUUGUAAAGCUUUACCAAUUCGACGUUCUCUACGACGUUGUUUGUCGAAUUUAACACAAGUAGUUGAUGAGAAUUUCAAUGAUUUAUUAUUGCCAAACUCAACAUUGAAUUUAUUGAAUAAUCGACAAGAGUUUAUGAUGACGGCGGCUGCUGGUACUGUCGCUGCUGAUAAUAAUCUUAAUAAUACGGACUAUGAUACACCACAAACUAACAGUUUAUCCGAUGAUACAAAGAAACAACGUAUGCCUAUUGAAUUAAGACAACGAUUUUUUCGUCAAGUGUAUAGAUUAGUGAAAUUAGAUCCUCGUGUACAUCGUGGUCAAAGUUUAAUUCAUUUAGCUUGUUCACCUGAAACAUCAACUGUUGGUCGUUUUGUAAUUUGUACAUUUCCAAAUGUUCAUGUUUUGUCAUUGCUGUUUGAAUUAGGCGCUGAUGCAAAUUGUGCUGAUGUAGAUGGACAACGUCCAAUUGGUCAUGUAUUAGCACAACGUCGAUUAAAAAGUUCCGAACAUGCUUCUCUUAUACAAACUUUGGUCAAAUGUGGUGCACAUCUAGAUGCAACCAAUCGUAAUUCAUUAACUAUCCUUUAUAAACGUUUUCAUCAUGUCCUUCUGGAAUCUCGUGUCCCAUUGUUGGAUCAUGUAACACUGGCUUGUCGUGCUGCUCGUGUAGCGAAUCAUUACGGAUUGACAGCAUCGAAUCCAUCGGUACAAGCGUAUUUACCAAAUAAUCUAUUAGGUUUUUUACAAAUGCAUCAGUAAAAAUAAAAACAAUGACAACAACCUACAUGUAUAUUUUGGUCGGUUGGUGAUGUUGUUGAUCGGAUAAUGGUGUGUUGGUCGAUGUGUGUGUGUGUCACAAAACAAUCUUCAUUACUUACUUGGUUGUUCCCCUUCCCCUCCCCCCUUCCCUGUCACCUAAUCGCCCCCGUCUCCUCCAUUGAUCUACUCAAAUUUUAAUCCAACUACUACUACUAAUCUCAUAAUAAUAGUAGUAACGGAUAGCAUUAUUGUUUUUAUGAAUUGCACAAUAUUUUUGUGUACACAACAAUU